AUGUGGCCCCUGGCUGUGGUCAGCGUGGAUGGGAGUCAGUGGCUGGAGAAUCCAGGGAUGGACCAUGUGGCUUCUCAGCAGCUUCCUUCCCUGUCAUGCUGCUGCUGCUGCUGGGCCUGUGUGGAAUGGUGGGGAACAGGGCUGUGCUCUGGCUGCUUGGCUUCCACAGCUGCAGCUCCCAUCACCAUCUGUGUGCUCACCCUGGCCAUGGCUGACUUCACCUUCCUGCUCUCCAUCACCAUCACCCUGGGGGUAUUUCUGUCCCUGAGAGCUUCUGCCACCAGCUGGGCCCGUGACAGGGCAGUGACAGCUGGGCUGAAUGUCACCAUCCUCUUGUCUUUCCCUGCUGGUAUCUACUCUCUGACAGCCUUCAGUGCUGUGACAGCUCUGUUUGUCCUCCAGUGUCCUGCUGGCCCUGCCACUGCUCCCAGCACUUCCCACUGCUCCUUCCUGCUCACUGUCACCCUCUGUUUCCACCCUUCAGUGCUUAUGGCCUUGGUUCUGAGCUACCUCUUCUCCAUGCCCACCCUGACUUGUUCUGGUCUCAUCCUGCUGGUCAGGCUCCUGUGCUGCUCAUGGAAACAGCCUCCAUGGAAGUUCUGUGCCCUGCUCCUGCUGCCUGUUGUCUCCUUACCCUUUUUCACUGCUCAUUUUGGGUACUGGCUCUUGCUGAGGACAUUUGACUUCUCUGUCUUUCCCCUCAACACCUCUCUCAUGCUUGCCUUUGCCAACAGCAGUGCCCAUCCUCUGAUUUACUUCCUGGCUGGGAGAUGUGCAGAGGAAUUCACCCUCUCUGUUAGUGUUGCCUUCCAGAGCUUUGAGGAUGUGCCAGAGCCAGGAAAUAGGGACAGCACUGUGGAAUCAUCAUCAAGUGGAAUCAUCAUGAAAUAGAGCCAUUAUAAAAUUGAACCAUAAAAUAUCCAGAGUUGGAAGGGACCACAAAGAUCAUGGAAUUCAGCUCCUGGCCCUGGACUGAGCAUCCCAACAA